AUGGAUAAAAAUGCAAGGAAACUCCUCCCCCCUCUCCCUUAUUCGGCAUCGACUUCGUCCCGUCCAACUUCACAUCGUCACCCCACCACCACCACCGCCUACUUCCGGUGGCCCUACCGCCUCAAACCACCGCUACGGAGACGAAAGCCGCCAACCAUCCGCCUCGGAGGGAAGAAGAAGCACCGGCGAGGACUCCUCUUGGGAAGACUAUUCCGGCGAGCCCGACUGCGGUGGUUGAAGCUCAAGUACUCAUGCAUGAUCAAUAAGCUCAAGCAGUACUACAGGUCUAUUGUGAGAGAAAUGACUGAAGCUAGUGGAAGCAUUGAGUCAGUUCAACAAAGGAUUCUGAUGGAGACCUCUUUUGCCAUUCCUGUCAUGGGUAUUUCUUUCUAUAGCUUCCCAAAUGCUUAUGGUAUGGAUCGCGUUUGACUUGACCUAUCAUCACCAUGUGAAAAGAUUCACAUUUUCUUGACAUGUUUGUGUUUGUUUUAAUGUUUUUAUAUCUUUGGUUCAAAAAAAAAAUAUUAUAUCUUGGUUUAA